AUUGGUUGAAGAAUCAUCCACAUCCGCUGAGCUGAGCUGGUAUUGCUGCUGGUGGCUGGCCGGAAAGUUUCACUGAGCUGCUAGCUCGUGUUUGUGAGCGUUCUGAUGCCCGCCGAGCGCUUGAGGGGAGUCAAACAACCGGGGGCAGUGGGGACAAGGAAAUCGCCGAGAUGAGGUGAUGGAUGGCUUGGGUGGGCCCCGGAGAGUGGGGAAAUGGUAUCGAUGAGGUGUGUUGUUGACGUUGAUCAGCGGGGAACAGAGCAAGUGGAUGGUAUGGCUGCUGGUGGUUGGCCGGAAAGUCUCGCUGAGCUGCUCGCUCGUGUUUCUGAGCGUUCUGGUGCCCGCCGAGCCCUUGCGGGGAGUCAAAGAGCCUGAAGCAGUGGGGACAAGGAAAUAGCGGAGAUGAGAUUCUGAGCGGCUGGAUGUGUUCCGGCCACACGUUAAAAAACACAGCUGCUUGGUAUUACUGCUGAUGAGUGGCCGGGGUUUUUUAGUUUUUGAAAUUUUAGUUCUAACCAAUAAAAUUAGACUGUGGAUGAUGUGCAGGCGCGAGAUGCAGAGUGUGGGAGAUGAAUUCUCGAGAAGUUGUGUGUGGCUUCAAGGAAUCGAGCCAGGGAAUCAUCAAUAUUGUUCUGCAUCAGAUCUGGAUGUCAAAUAAUGAAGGUUCCAAGAUUACUCGUUCCCUCUCAUGCCAAGAAGUGGUUAAGUUCACAUAACAAAUUAUUGGGGCCACC